CCCCUGCGCUCGCCCCCCGCCGCCGCCGCCGCCGCCGCCGCCGCCGCCGCGCCCUUCUUCGCCUCGCCCUCCUCCAAGAGGACCUUCCUGCAGGCUUACUUCAGGAACUUCAACCUCUCCUUUUGUGAUACUUACACGAUCUGGGACCUGCUGCGGGAGAUGGCCGGCCCCGACGGCCUGGACUGCAGCCUGGACAACCUGAUGGUGGACCUGGUGGUGGCGGCGGCCGGGGCGCUGGGCGGGGAGGCCUGUAGCAGCUGUGUCCAGGCGUACCAGCGGCUGGACCAACACGCUCAGGAAAAAUACGAGGAGUUCGACCUCUUGCUGGAGAAGUACUUGCAAUCGGAAGAGUACUCGGUCAGAUCGUGCCUGACGGACUGCAAGGCUGUCUACAAGGCGUGGCUGUGCUCCGAGUACUUCAACGUGACCCAGCAGCAGUGCCGGCAGCGGAUCCCAUGCAAGCAAUACUGCCUGGAGGUGCAGACCAGGUGCCCCUUCGUGUUACCGGACAAUGAUGAGCUGAUCUAUGGAGGUUUGCCUGGCUUCAUCUGUACGGGGCUGCUGGAGAACCAGCUGCCCGACGAGGAGGCCAAGUGCUGCGAGGUGCAAUGGGACUCCUGCGAGCACCCCCCAGACAGCAACGAGGACACAUCCCCCCAAUCCACGGCGUCAGAGUCGCUCCAUUUCCACCGCCACGACCCCCACCUCCAUCACCAGCGGCAGAACCACUACCACCUCUACCACCACCACCACCACCAGUACCACCAGCCCCGCUCCCCGUCCUUGCUGCCGGUCUCUGCGGGGUCUCGCCUCAGCAGCAGCAGGAUCAGACUGUGUGUGCUGGUCCUGAUGCUCCUCCACACCAUGGUGUCCUUCUCGAGCGUGCACGGCGGUGCCGGGGGGCUCRGCCUGGAAGCCCCACCCGCCCUGGAAGAGAGCGUGGCACGGGACGAGUGAYGCGGAGGGCAGAGCCGACCUCCAAGGAGAACGCCAGAUCUUUUUCCAUAAGGGGGGCACAUGCUAUUCCUCCAAUGGGAGGCACGGGAUUGGGGGUGGCRCACACGCACCCCCGCACAUCCCCCAAGAGCUGCUCGCGCGGGGCAUCCCCGUGGUGAAGAGUCUCUAACGCGCACAGGGCUGCGGGACCCGGCGCCAGAAGGGUUCGGGCAGGGGCAGCAUUCCCGGCCCCGCAGGCGCCGGGCGGGCAGGAACGGCACGGGGGCGGGGGGACCGAGGGGAGGGGUCCCUUGGGAUCGAGGGGUGUCCCCGUGGGACUGCCGAGUGUCCCCGGCCGCUGCCGCGAGUGCCUUGGGCUCCCGCGCCUCCCCCGCCCACACCGCGCCAGGUUUGACGGUCGGCCCAGCCUCGUUCCUUUUCUGCUGGGUCUGUGAAUCCCGAGGGAGCAGGCGGAGGGGCAGCACCUCCUGGCACAGCCUGUCCCWCUCCUGUCCCAGGGAAAAGCCACCGGCUCUGGGCAGAACCACGCUGGUGGGGCGCAGCGUCCUCAGUGCGGCUCUGCCUUGCUGGUGGGGUUUGGGGACAGGAGUGGGACGCUGUGACACUGCACUGUGGUACCACUCGGGGUUGGUCUCACUGCAUCCCAACCUGCUCCUCCAGCCUGACCUUUCCUGCUCCUCUGGGCGAGGAGGUGGAGAGGGAGGAGGCGUGGAGCAGGAGGGGUGUCCCCAGCAUUCCCACAUCCCACUUUGCCAAGUGUCCUGAUGAUUUAGUGUAACCUUUUUUGUUGUCCUUCCUGGCUGGUGGGACUGGUCUCAGUGAGGCAGUGGGGAGAUGUGACUCCAGCAGCACACAGGCUGAGGGAGACGGAUCCCACAUGGCAACAGUUGGAUGCAGGGAAUCCCAAAGGCAUCCUUCCAUGCUUCCCAGCUACAAAUCAUUGACUGGAUGGCAGGAGGACUCGGCAAAAGGGCUGGAGAAAUCUGGCUUGGAGGGAGAGUCUCCCACACAAAGAGGCACUAAUAAGGCCCAGCYAGGGAGGAGCAUUUUUGUGAAUAGUUUCAAUCCACAGAUGCCCCCAGAUCCGGAAAUUUCUGGGAUCCCAGCUGGACUUGGCUGGGCAAGGUGCUGGCUGGUGCAGCCUCAUUCGGCUUACUUGGGGUGGUUUUUUAAUCUGAGCUCAGCAUAUCCGGGGAUUGAGCCCCAAACAAACAUCAGAUCCCUAGGAUCUGAUCCCCAGGUCAUUUCCUAGGAAACUCCCAAUCUUCCACCCACCCACCAGAACUGUUCCCAGCAUGGAYGCUGCGAGGUGGUGCCUCCGGGCUGGGCACCAGGGGCUGGAAUUUGUCCUGGGUGUGAACAGGGAAGGAGGAGAGGGGUUUUUAGCACGAGGUCACGAGUYGGGUGUGAACCCACUCUCUGCUCCCAGAGGGGCUGGGAUGCUCCCUCUGCUUUCAGGCUGGCUCAUGAYAGGAAUCUACAGCAGAGCCCUGUGUGGAUCUCUGCAGGAGACAGGGAUGGAGCAGGAAUGUCCUGCUGUAUCCCAAACUGUUCCCAGAUCCCUGUGAGGGUGCAAGAAGUCCCAGAGUUGAUGACCUGUAGGAGUUUUGUGGUUUCUCGUCUAUGAAGGUGAAGCAAAACYGAGCAGAGCCCCAUGAGCAGACCCCCAUGAGCAAAGCUACUUCCUGCCCGGCUGGAARAAGGAAGUACCAGGCAUCUCGUGGGAAGCACAGGUUUCCUGACAUUUCCAGCCCAUUUCCAGACCAAAGAGGCUCUGAGAAGCAGCUGAAUGUUUGAUUCCUGCUUUGACUUGAAUAUCAGAGCUUUGGGGUGAUGUUUACACACCACCAGUUGCCUGUUCCCAAAGUCCUGCAGAGAUGAGGCCUGUGAUCCCAUUGUCCUGUGGUUUUUAGGGUGGAAGAGGUGGUGCUCAUGGAGGAUGGAGAGUGUUUCCUGAGCAGAUUCCCUUGCUGUUGCCACCAAAAAAAGUAGGAUGUCUCUCAUAUGACUGUUCCUCAUGACAUCCAUAUAACUCCAGCCUAGUUUACACCAAUCAGAGCAGCUGGACAUGGAGCAGUUCUGCAAACUGGGGUCCAAUUCCUUGGUUUUCUGUAAGCAGUGGGUUGUGGAGCUGCUCUGACAAGGAGCAAAAGCUCCCAGGCAGGCCAGGGGAGGGAGCACAGCCCCAUCCCUGCCUGCAGACAGCCGGAUCCUGAAGGAAAUUAGAUUUCUCCUGUACUGCCAAGAGUUAAGCUAAUUCCAGGCGCCUCUCUCGGAGAUAGGCCCUGUCCAAUCUUGGAGCGASUCAUCGGGAAAGAGAAGAAUAGCCCAGGGUGGUGCGUCAGCGAGUGGCCCUGAGUCACUGGCCCUGUUCAUUGUGUCAUGUGUGACACUGAGCAGUGCUGGUGGACACGGGGUGUCCUGGUCUCAGUCCCUGCACCACGUGCAGAUCCAGAUCCAGCACUAUCCUGAGGGUUGUGUGUCAUUCCCCCUGCCGCAAUGCCCUUGUGUCCCACUGGAGAUGGAGCAUCAGGCCAGGCUUGGGGUGGGGUGAUGGGUGAUGUGGGAUUCCCAGAGAAGCUGUGGAAGUGUCCAAGGCCAGGUUAGACAGGGCUUGGAGCAGUCUGGUCCAGUGGGAGGUGACCCUGCCCAUGGCAGGGGGUGGAACAGAAUGGGCUUUAAGAUSCCUUCAACCCAAACCAUUCCAUGAGUCCAUGAUUGCCACAGAGCUGCAGGAGUGAGGUCCAACAACCCAAGUCAUCUUCGGGGAUUUACUGGGAUAACCUGGGAGCUGUGAGGAAUGGUUUCAUCUUCCCUAACACCAGCUGGAGGCUUCCCUUGGGAGGCCAGAGCACGUGCUGCAUCCCAGUGAAUUGGGAAGUGGAACCAGCUCAGAACUGGGCUGGUUGGGGUGGCGGUUUGGGAGAUUUGAGCCACAUCCCUCGGGAGUGAGAAAACCCCAAGGGCAGUUAUGGAGGAGAUCCAUGUGUUUUCCAGGCCGUGGCUCCCAGGAGGAUGAGAUGCCAGAGGGAGCACACGAGAUGCAAAUCCACUCUGGGAGCAUGGGCUGGGCUUUACCUGCUGCAAGUGGGAGGAAAGUGCUGAGUCCUCCCAGAGUAAGGCUGUGGAAGGAGAUCUUUUCUUUAGYGAGUCUGGGCUGCUGUCAAUAAGUUUUGUGGUUUUAGGGCACCAUAUGCUGCAUUCAACACUUUGCCAGUCUCCUUAAACGGAUCCAGACAAGGCUGUUCCCAGAGCAGGAGCAGCUGGAAGCGGUGUAUGGAGCAGUCCAUCAUCAGGAACCCGUCGGAUAAAAUUCCUGCCUUUGGUCUGACAUUACAACCUCCUAAUCCUCCAUCCACAAAGUGCUCUGGCUUUGCUCUCCAAGAGAACAGCCCGGGAAGCAGACAGUGACAUUCUCUCACUUAACACCACUGGCAUUAUUUUUAUUUCAACAUGGAGGGGAUGUGCCUGGAAAAGGAGGGGAUGUGCCUGGAAAAGGAGGGGAUGUGCCUGGAAAAGGAGGGAAUGUGCCUGGAUAAGGAGGGAAAGGGAUUCUUCGCCCUGUGUGUCCAGGGAUGCUUCACCCCAAGCCCUGUGUCCACCAGGGCAAGGGUCCCUUCACAAUCCCAAAUGCUUUCCACAUUCCCAAAGCCACCUUGGAAAACAUGAGCUGUAAAUGAUUUAUCCUACCAGGAACUUAAAUCCAAGGGGCUUUGUCCUUUUCAUCCAGUGAUUUUAUCUUUUCCCUAAAGAAAGUGCCCCAUGUUGGGAAUUGAUAUGUAAAACUCAACCUUUCUUUUAGUGGAUAAACUUCUCUUUGCUCAGAGAAAAUUCACGGUGGGAAGCAUUGAUUCUUGCCUGGUGAGGGGGUUUCUCAUCCCCAGAGAGGUGAGGGAUGAUGUUGUCUCCACAAUCUUCAGGUGUGGGCAGGGAGAAGGAGCAAAGGGAGCUGGGUUCAGCGUUAUUCUCGGGUUUUGCACUUUCAUGUAGCUGCCAGUUGUACAAAUUAAUUAAAAAUAACUGAAGAAAAAUCCCAAAGAAAGGCCCCGCUUCCUCYGGGGAACAUUAAUCAUUAGUUGAGUCUUUUUCUUAUGAAAAUACAGAUCCAUGGUAGCCCCAGGCACAAGAUUCCCAGGGAGAGCCCUCACCAUUCGUGCUCAGAGUUAGGGAAAUCGCUUUGAAAGCAUCUGACAACUAAAGCAGAACAUGUUGAGUAACUUGGCAACACUGGGAAAACAUCUGGAACUGGUUUUUCUUCAACACAUUUUGCUUUGCUUCAAGAGGAGAUGUCAGGGCAGUUCAUUCACUGCCACUCAGGGCCGCGGGCGGGGCCGGGAGACGCUCGGCUGCCACCUGGAGGAAGGGAAUAACGGGAAUAACGGGAAAAUCACAGAUUUCUGCUGCUCCUGGGCAGGAUCCUGCAGGUCCAGGCCAUGGAGUGUCCCCAUGCUGAGCUCUGCAGGUGCCUCCUGGUCUCUGGUGGCACCCAGUGUGGAGGUUUGGGAUGGGUUGUUGAGGUUGCCUGGGGAGCUGUGGCUGCCCCAUCCCUGGGAGUGUCCAAGGUCAGGUUGGAUGGGGUUUGGAGCAGCCUGGGAUAGUGGAAGGUGUCUCUGCCCGUGGCAGAGGGUGGGACUGGAUUAUAUUGAAGGUUCCAUCCAACCCAAAUCACUCUGGAAUUCCAUGAUUUCCAYAGGGCCAGAGGGAGUGAGGUCCCAUAGCCCAGGUUACCCUCAGCUUGUGAUUCAUCCUAAUCCCAUUUCUGCUGCCGCCCGGGAAAGGAAUGUCUGUAGGGAUUGGUGGAGACAAAGUCAGGACAGAAACAUUGCUGGAUUCUGCCAGAAAGCGAUGGGGCAGUGUACUGAUUUGAAAGCAGAGAUUCCAAAUCAGAACUACAAUUUAAUAGGAAAAUUAAAAURAAGGCAAUGGUACAGAAGCACUGGCUUAAACUGACAAAGUCAGAACACRACCUGACACCCUGUUGGUMAGCGUGGUGGUAGCAGUCRGAUUAAAUGGUGGGUGCCAUCCCGUUGGAGUGAUGGAUGUGGUUUYUUUGAAGCAGWCAUCCUGUAGAAAGGUCUGGCUCUUUCUGGAGGUCAGUGGUGGUUGYUGAGCUCUUGUCCUCUGGGAAUCCAGUGRGAGUGCCCCUGUGCUGUUCCAAAUYUCAGAUAAUAAAUAUCCAGGUAGGAAUGUUUGGUUCCUUCCCUCAGGGCAGGGCAUGUCACARUGGGAUGGUGGAAUUCUGUGAGCCAUUCCAGCAGACACUGAUGGCCCUUUAGCAGAGAUGGCUCCCCAGGGUGGCUGCUGCUUCCCCACAGGGAAUUAUCCGGGCUGAGUCACAGAGAAGAUAAAGAACACUGCCCCACCUGUCUUAACAGCUUGAGGAGAUGAUCAUAGAGUACAUAUUUUUGGUUACAUCUUGCACUGUAACCCGGCAGGAAUUCCAUGUAUCAGCUUUGUGUGCUUCCCCAGGGGCUUCCCAUCCCUGGGGGUUAAACCUCUCAAAUUAUGCUGGAAAAGUUGGGAAUGGCCAUAUCUGGUGUUCAGUUGGAUGUUAAGGAUCUCCUUCAGCCCGAAAGUCAGCUUGUGGGCAUCCCAGCUGGAGGUACCAUAUCACACAACCCCAAAAUCAUCCCUUCUGCCACAGAAGGAGCCUGUUCAGAGCUCCUGGAUCACGACAUCCCUGGAUCUGCAGAGCUCCCACCAUGAUACCAUUUAAUUCCAGGAAYUGAAGGAUUUUAGCUGUUCUUUUUGGGUGUUCCACAGCUCCUACCAUGAGUCCAUUUAAUUCCAGGAAUUGAAGGAUKUUAGCUGCUCUUUUUGGGUGUUUUUGGUCCAGGUGGCUCUUUGGGUGACCUCCCAGCCCUGCAUGUCUCUGUGAGSAAGGAGGAAGGGAGCAGAGAGAAUGCUAUGGUGCAUUUUUAAUUGAGAAUCAUUUAAAAAGCAAGGAAUAAUAAAUUUUAACAGUUAUUGGGGUUUUAUCAAAACUCUCAGCAUCUCUCAAAGGCCUGGGCAGGAGAUGGGUGAGUUCCUGAGCCCAGUCCCUCCACSCAUUGCUGCUCCACAUCUCCAGGACUUGUGUUCCAGGCAAGGCCAGGAGUGGUUUCCAGCCUUUUUAGCAUUUCAGGACGAUCCUUUUUCAGCCCUGAAAGUCAACAACUCCGCUUGUUGUAAAUUGAAAUUCAACAAAAAAAAACCGCAGUAAUUAGGUUUGGCUUAUGAAAUUUGGGGUUGGUUUUACCAUUUUUAAAUGUAUUUGGGAACUGGACAUGCCUGAGUUGCAAAACAAAAAGACAAAAAGAGCCAGACAGUGAUUUUUUUAAUUUUGAAACUUGUCAAAACAAGCCAGAUUGAUCAUUAUGACCAAUUUCUUUUCCUUUUUUUCUUUUUUUUUUUUGCAAAUUGAGAAAUGCAUCCAGAGCAGCCCUUUCCCACAAAACCUUUCAUUUUCCAAAAGCAAAAAAAGAAA